AUGACCAUCCUUCAUGCCUCAAAAACGGCUGAAGAGACGCCAAUGUUGGAAAGCUCGGAAAAAGAUCAAAACUCACCUUCGGCAAUGAGUAAUCCCGAGAAAGCUUUGUACAAUGAGAAUGGAAUUUCCGGUAAAAUGACGUACAUAAAUUUCAUUCGUGGCAUGGUUGGGCCGGGGUGUUUCUCGAUUCCGUUAUCUCUGAAAUUUGCCGGAUUUGGGACUGGCAUCACUUUGUUGUGCAUCAUUGGCUAUGUGGCCACGUUGAAUAUGGGGAAGCUCGUGAGAACCUCUCAAUAUCUAACUGUUAUAACCGGUAGCAAAGCGCUGAACUACGGGAACAUGGUGGGAAAAGCCUUCGAACAAGGCCCAAGAUCUCUACGGAAACACUCGUCAAAAGCAAAAUUCCUCGUCAACUCCUGCCUGUGCGCUCUUCAGCUCGGCGUCUGCGCAGUUGGGUAUAUCUUCACCACCGAGCAUUUGAAAGAUGUACUUGAUGUAUUGCUCACACCAAAUUCUUCAAUAUUGACUCAAGCAGUGACGAAUCAAGCUCGAUCCCCAGGCUUCUCGAUGCCUCUGCUCAUCCUCCAAAUGUCUAUUCCAUUCUCCCUCCUCGUCUCAAUUCGUUCUUUCAAAAUCCUCUCUUAUGUUUCUCUAUUCGGAAAUGUUCUAAUGUUAGCUGCUCUCGCAAUCAUCUUUCAGGUAUUUUUGCUUUCAGUUACAAAUUUCACUAUUUUCCCUUUUCGGGGUCUUCUUCGCACCUCGCCCACCUUCGAAUCUCUUCCCAAUUUCACUUCAUUCUCCGGGCUCAUUCUUGCCACCGGAUCAAUUCUUUAUGCGUAUGAGGGGCAUGCUGUGGUGUUACCACUAGAGAAUCAACUUCGCGAUCGUCGCCAAAUGAACGGCCUCCUCGGUGUGCUUUCUCUUGGAAUGUCCACCACCACUUUCAUCUAUGCGUUUUGUGGGAUCACUGGCUAUCGAGUCUACGGGAGCUCGGUGAGAGGGAGUAUCACUUUAAAUAUGCCCGAUACUAGCCUAUACUUUUUCGUGAAAAUCCUCUUGACAAUCGUGAUUUUCACCGGCUUUUUGAUACAACAUUUCGUCCUCCUUGACAUGUAUUUUCCAGAGAUGAAAGCGAUGAUGAAAAAAAGGAAAUGGUCUGAUUCAAGAAUUUUGCUCGUCGAGUACGCGAAUCGUUAUGCGAUCGUUCUAUUCACAAUGAUCCUCUCAUUGCUGGUGCCGAAUCUCGCGGCGAUCAUUCCGCUUGUUGGGGCGUCGUGUGGAAUGCUGCUCGCUAUGAUCAUUCCACCGAUUAUUGAGACAGUAGCCUUCUAUCCACGAUGGUUGAGUGAUGGACAUGGAGUGGGGACAACAAGCCGUUUAAUCAUCAACGCUUCCAUAGCCACUUUCGGGUUGAUCUUCAUGAUUUUGGGAGUGAAAUCGAAUCUCGACACACCGAUGGUACAU